UCUUGAAAGUUAUCAUCUUUUUCAAAAGAGCUUUUGGUUUUGUGGCUAAGAAAAAAGCACUGUUUACAUUGGCAUUUGUAAAUCACAAAUUGCCAUUUUAGUAGCUUUGGUUUACUUUAUAUUGGGUUCUGUUGUGAUUUACACGGAGAGUGGCUUAUGGGGUGGUUGUCUUCUUGUUUCCCAUUUGAUUAGGAACCAAUUUUUUCAUGUGGGUUUAUUGAGUUACAGACUAUACAUAAUUAAAAAUUUGAUCUUUGAUGAUUCUUGACCAAAUAUUUUAAGCUAGAUUUUUCCAUAUGAUAUAUAUAAUCUGGUAGAUUCCUUGGAUUUUCAGCGCAAUUUUUAUACAGAUUUGGUUGUUGGGUAGUUGAUGUUUGAUUCAUCGAUACUGUUAAAUCACAUCUCUUUUUAUGAUCUUGCUCAUAUUCUUUUCUCUCAUACUUUUAGCAAAAUAAAAAAGAGAAGAUACUUGUUGUCUACCGUUUUGGUGGUUUAAUUUAACUGAUACCAAGAUGCUGUUUUAUGGGUUGUAGUAGUAUAGUAGUACCUUUCAAACUUGAAAGUUGAAAGAAACCCCAUUAGAACAAUAUAUAUAUAUAUAUUAUUAGAUCAUUUGAAGUAAUAGCAUAGAACAGCAUAUGUUGGGUUUUGCAAAUUGAAAGCUUUUAAAAAAGGGGGAAGGGGAUUUAAAAAGAGGAGAAAGCACAGAGACAGAGCAAUCAGAAAAUGAAAUGAAAAAGAAGAGAGGGGUAUUGUGUGAUGUAGAAUCAGAUUUGCCAAAUUUUUUAAGUGUUUUGAAGUCUGUUGGCUAUGUCUCCAGAGCUGACUUGCUGACCCGGGCUCCGUGGGCUUUGCCGCCGACCAAGGAAACAGCCAUUUUCUUAAACCCUCUUCCCAUUUAAAACAAUCCUUUUUCUUCUUAAAAAAUUUCACAAACCCCAUCUCUCAUUUCCCUUUCUUUCUCUUUUAAUCUCUCUCUAUCACUAAGCUUUUGCCUUUUGCCUUGGUUUUUGUUAAGAUUCCAUCACACCCCACAACCAUAUAUUCAUCCCCUUCUUUCAAAUCCUCUUUUUUCUCUUCAGAAAUUUGGUCAAAUUCAGAGAUUUGGUCCCCCACUCUGUCUUUUUCUUUUGUGGUUUUCUGCAUGGUUCUUCAUUGGGGGUCUUGCUGCUUGUUUGUUGACGUUUUGAGCUCAUUUUUGGUGUAAUUUGUUGUUUGAGUAUUGAGGAAGAGCUCAUUUUUUUGGGGGGUGAUUGAGGAAACUUGAAGCUUAUUUCUUGGUUGUCAAGAUGAAGUUCAUGAAACUUGGAUCAAAACCUGAUUGUUUUCAGAGUGAUGGGACCAAUGUUAGCUAUUGCCUACGAUUCUUUGGGGAAGGGAUCGCAUCAUAUGUGAUGGAAUUAAGUUCGCAAAAUUUUGAAUUCGCUCAAACGACCAGACAUUAGAGAGAUGCUUUGAAAAAGAACCAUGAGCAAAAUAGCAUAUAUCUUUUCUGUGCUUCGGAAGAGUUCGAGAACAUGAAUAUAGCAGUAUUGAGAUUCCACAUUUUCACAAAGAUGGUAUGUUGUAAGUGAAUUGGCAACAGACAUCACUGUUAUCAUUGGGGAUGUCAAGUUUUACCUCCACAAGUUUCCCCUUCUGUCAAAGAGCGCUCACUUGCAGAAGUUGGUCACUACUGCCUCUGGGGAGCAGAAUGAUGAAAUAUACAUACCAGAGAUCCCAGGUGGUUCUGCGGCAUUUGAGAUAUGUGCCAAAUUCUGUUAUGGCAUGACCGUUACUCUUAAUGCCUAUAAUGUAGUUGCAGCCCGUUGUGCUGCUGAAUACCUAGGAAUGCAUGAGACAAUUGAAAAGGGAAACCUCACCUACAAAAUCGACGUUUUCCUUAGUUCAAGCAUCUUUCGUAGCUGGAAGGAUUCAAUCAUCGUUCUUCAGUCUACAAAGGCAUUAAUGCCAUUAUCUGAGGAACUGAAAUUAGUAAGCAAUUGCUUAGAAUCUAUUGCUGUGAAGGCCUCUGCUGAUAUUUCUAAAGUGGACUGGUCUUACACAUAUAACCGUAAGAAACUACCUGAGGAAAACGGGAACAAUCCCAACUGGAAUGGCGUCAGGAAUCGUAGUGUGCCGAAAGACUGGUGGGUUGAGGAUCUUUGUGAGCUAGAAAUUGAUGUAUACAAGCGUGUUAUAGUGAGUAUAAAAAACAAAGGAAUAGUCCCAAAUGACGUGAUUGGAGAAGCCUUGAAGGCUUAUGCUUACCGUUAUCUUCCAGGCUUUAGCAAAGGUGUGCUUCAAUGUGGGGAUCCACUGAAGUAUCAGUCAGCAGUGUCGACAAUUGUCUGGCUGUUACCUGCCGAGAAAGGCAGUGUUUCUAGUAGUUUCUUGUCCAAAUUGCUGAAGGCUUCCAUUUUCCUAGCUUCUGGAGACGAGACCAAAGAAGAGCUCGUUCGACGAAUGGGACAGCAGCUAGAGGAGGCUACAGUGAUCGAUCUUUUGCUGCGAGCACCGGAAGGUGAAGCUAAAACUUAUGAUGUUCAUGCUGUACAGAAAAUGGUGGAGGUGUUUCUGUUGCAAGAUCAUAAUAGUGAAAUCGAGUCACUUGAAGAGGGAAAUGAGCUUCAGGAGCCAAGAGGGCCAGGGAUUUUAUCAGAUGCGACUAAGUUGAUGGUGGCAAAAUUGAUCGAUGGUUAUCUUGCUGAAAUUGCAAAGGAUCCCAACCUACCAUCAGUAAAGUUCAUUGAUCUUGCAGAAAUGGUAUCUGGCAUCGCUCGGCCUUCACAUGACGGGCUCUAUCGAGCCAUAGACAUGUAUCUGAAGGAACAUCCAGGGAUCGGCAAGAGUGAUAAGAAGAGAAUCUGCAAACUGAUAGACUGCAAGAGACUAUCUGCCGAUGCGUGCAUUCAUGCUGUACAAAAUGAACGGCUCCCUCUACGUAUGGUUGUGCAGGUAUUAUUUUUCGAGCAAGUCAGGGCCUCGGCAUCAUCAGGCAGCAGCACUCCCGACCUACCUAAAGGCAUCAAGGAUCUAACAAGUGGGUCUCACAGCAGCUCAAGAUCAGCCACAACGAACCCCGAGGAAGAUUGGGAUGCCGUCGCCAUGGCAGAGGAGCUCAAGGCUCUCAAAGGGGAGCUAGCUUCCUUGAGGCUUGCUAAUGGUAGAGGAAGUAGUGAGAGGAAUGGAGAUGGUAAAAAUGGAAUUGACAAAGCAGCUCUUAGUAAAAUGAAAGGAUUGCUCAAGUCAAAGAAGCUUUUCACAAAGCUAUGGUCAAGCAAAGGAGGAGGAUAUGGUGAAAACAGCGGCUCGGAUUCAUCGGAGAGCCUUGGUUCUGCUAAUCAGGAGGAAGCUAAGUCAACACCUUCCAGAAACAGAAGGCAUUCGGUUUCUUAGAGGUUUCCAUUUUGGUGGUUAAGAUGAAAAGAGUGUUUUGAGAUGGGUAACCCAAGAGUGGCUAAAAUGAGCAAGAAUGAAGUAUAUAUAGGUUAAGAGUCUGUAGUGUAUAUCAGUUAUUGCAAACAUUACUAUUUAAGGGCAGUCCCCCACCAAACAAAAACAAAAGCAAAAACAAAAACAAAAACAAAACAAAAAAAGAAAAAAGAAAAAAUAUAUUUAAAAGAUGAAACCUUUUUUCUUGUAUGGGGGUUAUUUAAGUGAGCAGAGAUUUGUUUACAUGGUGAAAUCCCAUCAAAGAUGGAUGAGAAUCAUUCUGUAACAUUGUUCAGGUGGAAUCAAAUAAAGAUUGUCUUUGCUUUUGAGAGCAUUUUGAAUUA